UUCAGAGUACCUUGUAGAAGAUAACCUGUUGAAGUCUGCUGAUUGAAAGGAGUGUUUUUGUUCACAGAAAACUAAAGUAAACUUGAAAAAGUUAACUUUAGGAAUGGUAAACUAAUUCUAAAUGGUAGUUUAAUGAAAGGGUAUCUCUUUGAGGAUCUCAUUUUAGAUAAAAUUAAAUGUUAGCAGAAUGCUGCCACCUCACUGUUGUAAUUUCUUCCAUUACCAAGACUGUUGAGAUAGAGAAUGGACGGAAUGUAGAAUUGAUAGAUGUAAACGACAAUGCUCCAGAAUUUCAGCAAGCUAAUUAUAGUGCUUCAGUAUCAGAGGUAGCUGGAAUUAAUUCCACAGUUAUAAAAGUGGAAGCUGAGGAUAAGGACUUUUCACCAGAAUUCAGCAUCCUUACUUACAGUCUUUGGGGCCCAAACUCUGAUUACUUUUCUAUAAGGGAAGGAGAUGGAAACAUCAUGGUGAAAAAACCACUGGAUUACAAUGAAGUCAACUUUUUCAAUUUAACAGUCCAAGCAAAGGAAAAAUUUGGAAACCAGAGUGCCACUGCAUCAUUAAUAAUUAAUGUGGAAGAUUAUGAUACCUUGAACCCCUAUUUCAGUCAAUCUGUGUACCAUGGGAAUAUCAGUGAAAACCAGGUAAAAGCUCUUCUCUGAAUGCUGCUGUUACCAGAUAAACUGGCCAUGAAUUAUAUGAAGCAUAAAAUUUUCUGUGAUAGAAACAUGUAAUUUUGUAUUUUGG